GGGUGGGUGGGCCUCGUCCUUCUCUUAAUCCAAUCAAUAAUUGUCAAAUCAGACUAUCCCGUAAACGUACGUAAACAUUUACGUAGAUGUAGCAUUGCUCCUAAUACGAUACCCAUUCGCAAUGCAAUAAUCCUACACCUACGUAAUCUUACUUAAGCUUCAUAAUGCAAUGCGCUGCGUGGCGCACGAGUGCCAUCCCGGCCUCCCCGCCGCUAAUAACCGCUGCAAGUCCCUCUCCUGCCUCGUUAGAGAGGCCUACGCGCACUGCCAUGUCCCCUGCCUCGGCAUCCCCGGCGCCGGGUGUGGCUCCGGCGACGGCAACGACAACGAGGAGGAGCUCGACACGAAACAGGUGAUACUGAACGAGAUGAGGAACCGGGAGACGAGGAAGAGGUCGUCGAGGUGCAGCGUGGACUCGGGCGCCCUCGUCUGGUCCUUCACUCCGCUCCACCCACCAAGCUCUAUCGAGAAGUGCGUGGCGGUGGAGGUAGAAGAGUAUGCGGCGGCGAGCGACGGUGACGGUGACAACGAGAGCGAGGCGUUCUUCUCGGUGAAGAGCUUCUUCACAAGCAGCACCAGCCGGGCGGCGACCGUUGCUUCCUCGACGGACAUGGGCCGGCGGGCCAAGUGGGAUGGUUUACAGGACUGCAAGGGGUGGCCCUUCGGACUCUGCCGUCGCCCCGUCGUGCCGCAGCUGCCCAGCACUCCGGCCGACUCGUGGAAAUGGCGCAACCGGAGCAGCCCGGCUCCGGCUUAUACAGUUUAAAC